AUGUCUACUGAGCCGAGCCCCGCGAUAAACGGCUCGUCUGCUCAGCAACAGCAGCAGCCUCAACCUCCCCCGUUACGUUCAGCCCUCAAAAGUGAAGAGGACAUUGAACGCCCGCUUCCUCCAAGCGGUCCCCUUAAAGCAGUCCAGAUUGCAGAAUCCGAGCCCGAGAUCCAGACACUUGAGGACGACUCUCAACCUACAAAGCAAUUCCAUACCAAACUUCGACGACGCCUAAGUGGCAAGCCUCCACCUUCUCAGCUUCCCAACAGCUCUUCCAGGUCCUCCUUAAGCGAUGGCCCUUCCACCAGUCGCGCGCCCGAAGAACCUGCUCCGACUUCGAACCCCUCUUCGCACCACCAUCACAGUCACCGCCGUCAGUAUUAUAGUGAGAAAUUACUCGCCCAAGUGGGAGAUUGGUUGGAACAUGAACGUGCCAAAGCACAUGCCAGGAAAUCGAAGAAGACGAGCCGCCGUCGCAAGUCCAAGUCGCCCAACAAGGAGGAUCAGUCCAAGAGCAUUGGAGAAACUGAGCCCGCAUCCGCAUCCGCGCAAGGAUCUGAACAGAGCAACAAUGGGCGGCCCCGCUCUAAUUCUGUCGACUCCGACUCCAGUGAUACCUCUUUUGAUAGACUUCAGCGGAUUUUGGAAGAGUCUCUAGCUCACAUGGGCCUUAAUUCGGUGCCUCAUAUGACCCCUAAGAUGUCCCGACCAAAGCAGCGAAAAGUUCCUUCUCGAUCUUCUCUGCUUGGCCCUUCUUCCGAUACCGAAUACGCCGAUGGUGAUGCAAUUGUGCCCAGCUGCGACGUUUGGCUUGAUAACACCAAGACAAUGAGCUACGCGGGUGGCAAUGCAGAUGCAGAAGAUCAGGACAUCAAAGAUACUGAUGUCAAGGCUGACAAAGAGAAAGAGGGUUGGCUCAGUUUCAAGAACGAAAUCAUUCGCAUCGCCCACACCUUGAGGCUCAAGGGAUGGAGGCGUAUUCCCCUGGGUGGUGGUGACAUCAUUUCUGUUGUGAGGUUGAGCGGUGCCCUGACCAAUGCUGUAUACGUCGUCACGCCUCCCAAGGAAAUCGAUGAGGCCGACGGCAGGCGAAAGCCCUCCAAAGUCCUCCUACGUAUCUACGGACCUCAGGUCGAGCACCUCAUUGAUCGAGACAAUGAACUCUCAGUUUUGCAAAGGCUGGCACGCAAGAAAAUCGGACCUAGAUUGCUCGGCACUUUCCAGAAUGGCCGCUUCGAGCAGUACUUCGAAUCCAUCACACUCACCCCGAGGGAUCUUCGAGACCCUGACACGUCUCGCUCUAUUGCCAAGCGAAUGCGGGAGCUCCACGACGGCAUUGACCUGCUUCCCCACGAGAGAGAAGGCGGCCCUGCCACAUGGAAAAGCUGGGAUCAAUGGUUGGAUAAUGUGGAACGCAUCGCCACUUAUCUCGACAACGAGUAUGAAAAGCAUGCUGGAGCUCAGCACGGUCAACAGGACUCUGUUGCGCAUGCUUGGAAGUCGCGAGGUUAUGUGUGUGGAACCACAUGGCCUGAAUUCAGGAACAUGAUGACGAAGUACCGGGUUCACCUCAACAGCUUCUACAAGGGAGGUCAACGAGAGGUCAAGGACAACCUCGUCUUUGCGCACAGCGAUACUCAAUAUGGAAACAUUCUUCGCAUUCGCCCUGAUGACGAAAAGUCACCUCUUCUUCAGGCUGCCAAUAAGCAUAAGCAGCUCAUCGUCAUUGACUUUGAAUAUGCGGGACCCAACACUCGUGGUCUUGAAUUUGCCAAUCACUUCAACGAGUGGACAUACAAUUACCACGAUGCUGCGGCGCCCUGGGCGUGCGACGUGCGACGAUAUCCCACACCUGAUGAACAGCGUCGUUUUAUCAAGGCUUACGUCGAUCACCGUCCCCGGUUCCAAGGCAGUAACUCCACACCCCGACUGGCCCCUGCUGAUAGUAACGCCUCCAGCGGCAUUUCGACGCCACUUGCGACACCUGGAAACCCUGCUGCAAGCAGCUCAAGCUCUAUCGUUGAGUUUAUGCUUGAUGCACGAGUACCCCCAGGAGGUUGGAGUGCUGCAGAACGAGCCAACGACGAACAGAGAGAUCAACGCGUGCGAGAGUUGUUGGAGGAGACCCGACAGUGGCGCCCCGCCAAUCAUGCCCAUUGGAUUGCGUGGGGCCUUGUCCAAGCCAAGAUCCCAGGUCUUGAUGAGUCUAUCAAAGAAGAAGACCUGCUGAGCCCCGACGAGUUCGAUUAUUUGAGCUAUGCCCAAGACCGUACCAUGUUCUUCUGGGGCGACUGCGUGCGCAUGGGACUUGUUAAACUGGAACAGCUGCCACCUAAGCUGCAGCAGCAGGUCAAGACCGUCGAAUACUAA